UCACUUUUCUACUUUAUCAACAAUCGAUUAAGCAGUGCACGAUUUUAUCAAUUGAGCGCAAUGAAGUGAGCUCAAUGUUACACAAACACUUUGAUGGUGGUGAUCGGUGCACGGCGAGUCGGUGUCGACUCCGAACUCUCCGAAGAAUUAGUCGUUCUAUCGUAGCCUACCGUGAUAUCAGGCUCUGUCGCGGUGAGCUCGUUGACGACCGGUGCGGCGCGCGUACAGUUUCGUCUCUUUCUUUCACAUUUCCUCCCACUCCGUACCACUCUCGCUCGGCUGACAAGCGCGGGACAUUACGGAGGCGGUGGAGGACGUCGCGGUCCUCCGCUCUUCGGGAGCGGAUUACGCGAAUUUGCGCGAUAGUAACGGCCGACGACGUCCUCGUCGGGUCUCGAUUGCGUCGCUCCGCGUAUGGGUCCAUCUUUCUCGCGUACCACAACAAGUUGAAUGGACGAACGAACGAAAUACAGAGUGCCUAUCGGCGACGCCUGCGUGUCUAUGCGUGUGUGCUUUGACUCGCUGUGCUUCUCGUCGACGGAGCCGCCGCACGCCGACGAGGAGGACGCCUCCGCCGUCCCGUCGUCGCAGCUGCCGCCGACGCACGGCGCCGCGGACGUCGUAACCAUCGUCGACAGCACCGCGACCACCACGCAAGUCACGCAAGUGCCGCACGUCGGUGUCGGGGGAGGUGCCGCAAUUGCCGCGAUGGGCACCCUAAGAGAACUCCAGGAGCUGCUGCGUGUCAAGGAUGAACGGAUCACCGAACUGGAGUCGGUACUUUGCUGUCGCGAUGCCGAGAUUCAGGAGUUGCGCAGCCACCUCGACAAGUUUCUGAGCGUGUUGCCAUUCAGUGCGGCGCCGCCGCUUACGCCGACGAAGCCGCGGACUCGAGGUCGUGCUCAGGGUAUCUCCGCGGAACCACCGCUCCAGGAACUCGCGCCACUCGCGGUAAUCGACAAGAGCGACAGAUCUCGCGAGCUGAUCAAGACUGCCAUAUUGGACAACGAUUUCAUGAAAAAUUUGGAGCUUACGCAGAUUCGGGAGAUCGUCGAUUGCAUGUAUCCUGUUACAUUUCCAGCCGGUUCGAUAAUUAUACAAGAGGGCGAUGUUGGUUCUAUUGUUUUUGUUAUGGAGGUUGUUGCCAUUUGUUACAAUGCAAUUUAAUAGAGAUCUUUUUCUAAAGAUUAUGUGGGGUGUCUUUAUAUGUACAACCCCCACGAUAAAGUAUUGUUUUUUUGCGGUUAAGGCGGGCACUGUAAGUCUGACAAGUAUUUUAUUCGAACAUUACAUUUUAAUAUUUAUAAAUAAAAUUGUAUUUAAACGAUUCAGAAAAAUUGAAAAUAAAAUAAACAGGUGAAGCAAUUGCUGGAGCGAAUGCGAAAUGAUUGGAAUUUAUUGAAAAGUAAAUUGGAAAUUGAUAUUAUAGAAAAGUACGCUAGCAACGCAAAGCUUUUCACAACAAUUGCAACGGGUAAGAAUGUUGAUCAUCGCAAGCGCGCCUAUUAUGUAUCAUAUAAUUCAUAAUAUAUAAUUAUUUCUCUGCAUAUUACUAACAAAAUUAAGAAGAUUGCAUUUUUUAACAAUUAAUGUGUAAUCAUUUAUGUUAAUGGAUUUAAAUUGAACUUAACAUUUCUCAGCUGUACACAUCACUGGCUUUUUUUUACGGUGGUAUUUCAAUCUUGGCCACUGAUUCUUAAUGUUAUAUUACCAUUGAACGAAUCACGAUCCUGUGAACUUGUCGUAGUCGUGGAAUAUUUUGUCAACAAGGAGAAAUAUCUGUACGUUAUGCUAUUACACGAAUUUUUAGUUAUAUACAUAGGAACGACUGGAUUGUAUUUCACCGGUAUCAUAUUUGUAAUAUAUAUUCUGCAUACGUGUGCACUGCUCAAAAUUGCAAGGUAUUUUGUUAGACGUAUUUGUUCUUUCAGCACUUGCUUCAAUAUUGAAGUUAUUUUAAAUUGAUUUAUAUGUAUAUAGCCAUCGAGUGGAAACCGUGUUCGACAUAAGUAUGUUAACUAAUCCUAGAAGAGAGUAUCUUUUUUCUCAGAGGAUUGCAGAUGUAGUUGUUGUGCAUCGAAGGGCUAUUGAGUCAGUAUUUUUAUAUUUAUGUUAUGGUACUUUCUGUAUAAUAUCUUAUUCCCUGUAUUGCUUUUUAUCUUUUAAAAGUAAUAUUGUAUAUUCGACUUUAUAU